UAAUCGCUCAGUGAGCACUUUGGUCUCCGAACGCAGUCGUUACAUGUGCUCUGGGAAGAAAGUAAACGGUCUUCGAAAUAAGUCAAGAAACAUUAAUAUAUUUUCUAAACAAUAUCAGAAGUUCGUAACUUUAAUUGUGACGCUCUAUCAUUAAUUAUGCCAUCCAUAAAUAGAAUAGUGAAACCAACUACCCAUAAGGGUAAAAAAGCUAUAUUGAAAAAGGAGCCUAAAUUGGUGGAAGGUAUCAAAGAAACUUUGUUUCUCAAAGGUAGCAAAGCUUCGGAAUGUGUCGUCAGCGUCAUGAAAGAUUUGUAUGAUAUAAAGAAACCCCAUGCAUGUAUACUACAUAAGAAACAUUGUAUAAGACCAUUUGAAAAUGUUGUACCUCUGGAGCAACUUACAUCUAAGCAUAAUGCACCUCUUUUCAUGAUGGCAUCGCACAACAAAAAGCGUCCACACAAUCUUGUGAUAGGUCGAACAUACGAAAAUACACUGCUAGACAUGAUAGAGUUUGGAGUAGAAAAUUAUAGUAAAAUGCAGGAUUUUAAGGUGGCCAAAAUCACCUCUGGAAUAAAACCACUAUUGGUCUUCUGUGGUGAACUCUUUAACACCAGCUAUGCAUAUAUCAGAAUUAAAAAUCUGUUUGUCGAUAUGUUCCAACGAGAACGAGUGGAGAAAAUCACAUUGCAAGGUUUAGAACAUGUUUUGUGUUUCACAGCUUGUGAGCAUAGGAUAUGUAUAAAUAGUUUCAGAAUACUUCUAAAAAAAUCUGACUCUGACUCAACAACACCUAAGAUAGAUGUAGAAGAAAUAGGACCGCGUGUAGACUUAGUAUGCAGGCGCAACAAGUUUGCAUCAGAAGAUUUGUUCAAGCAGGCUUGCAAAAUGCCUAAAGCAGUCAAGAUAAAAAAGAAGAAGAAUAUUUCCGAAGAUAAACUUGGCACUACAUACGGAUCCAUACAUGUCGGAGCACAAAAUCUCGAUAAAAUUCAAACUAGGAAGAUGAAGGGCUUAAAGAAAACAUUGUCGGAGAAGAAAAGUAGUCAGAAGAGAAAACUUGCCGAUCAUAGCAACGACGACGUAAAGAAAAUCAAAGCCGCCACAUAAUACCGAUCAAUUGUGAGAAGCCAAAUUUCGAAAGAAUAUUUGAAAUAUAAUUUGAAACUGCGGCAACAGCGAUCACAUGGCUACCGUAAACGUCGGCACUACGUGAUGAUGUCCAUAAAUUAAGAAUGAUACCAAAAAGAUGCGGUACAAGCGUCAUUCGAUAAUAUCAAUUGUUGACGACGCAAUUUCCCUCGCGCGAUCAAUUUACGUCACUCUGCCAAUGACUAUCACAAAUAUUAAGGAAUUUUUGCAAUACCGCCCCUCAGAUACGGUAAACGUAAAUUGUGAAUAUUAUUCGCUCAGAAAUAACGUUGCAAUGUACGCGACCAAUAGCAUUCACGAUUUACGUUUACCGUAUCUGAGAGACGAUAUUGCAAAAACUCCUUAUUCUCUAACCAAUUUCUGUCACAAUAACGUUAUGUAAACGUUGCUGCAUUCUGUGUGCAAUCGGCCUUACUCUUGCAACAAAUGCUGAUAUUAAUGGUUAAUAAAUUAAUUAUGGACGCAACAAAUAAAUUAAUUUCAUUAAUA